UUUAAAGCUAAUGACUUUUCUUUAUAGUUGUACACAAUACAAUAACAUGAUAAGUUCAGAUCAAUGUAAUAAUACUAAUGUGAAUCCUGUUGCGACCCAAAAUGUUUACAUAUCGCCGGUUCGUCACACACAUCGUCACAACGUGAAAAGUCGAUAUGAAUUCCACCAUAAUCUGGGAAAAGGCACAUAUGGUAAAGUCAAGCUUGCGCGACACAGAGAUACAGGAAAUUUGGUUGCAGUGAAAACUAUAAAAAAAGACAAAGUAAAAGACCGUGUAGAUAUGAAACAUAUACGACGUGAAAUGGAAAUAAUGUCAUCAAUACAACACGACCAUAUUAUUCAAAUAUACGAAGUGUUUGAGAACCAGGAUAAGAUAGUAAUAGUGAUGGAAUACGCCGCUGGUGGCGAGUUGUACGAUUACCUUGCGAACAAAAGUGGAAUUUGUGACAAAGAAGCAAGAUCGUUUUUUCGCCAAAUCAUCUCUGCCGUUCGUUAUUGCCACAAGAUGGGCAUUGUACAUAGAGACUUAAAGCUUGAAAACAUCCUGCUCGACCAAGACCACACUAUUAAGAUUGCGGAUUUCGGUUUAGCAAAUAAAUUCAAGUCGGACGAACUUCUGCAGACGUUUUGCGGAAGUCCAUUAUAUGCGUCACCAGAAAUAGUUAAUGGUGUUCCCUACGUUGGACCUGAGGUUGACAGUUGGUCGCUUGGAGUUUUGUUAUACACCCUGGUGUACGGUACCAUGCCCUUCGAUGGAAGAAAUUAUCAAAUAUUAACGAAACAAAUAACUAGCGGGGAAUACGGGAAACAAAGCAAACUUUCUGAAGCACACUCCUUAAUCGCAUGGAUGCUCACGGUUGACCCGAAAAAACGAGCAACGAUCGAUGAUAUAGCGUCGCAUGCGUGGGUGUGCAGUGAUGACGUCAUUGUGCCGCCCUCUGUGGACACCAAGCGGAAAACAGAAGAAGAUGUGGACUUGAAUCAAAAUCAUUUAGAAACAUCGAAACAAGUGACGCACAACGUAGCUGCGGCAUUUGAUUCACAACCAAAGGGAAUUUUAAAACGAGUUCCAGCAAAACCUGCCCUUCCGCGUACUGUCGCAGGUAAACCUCCAUCUCAGGGCAACCAUACCAAGAAACACGAUUUCGACAACUCGUUAGCUGGACAACUGGCUGCUGUGUGUGGUUUACAAGCCAAGGAUAGUCUUAAAUUGAAAUCGAAGCCACAUGUAGUGACUGGUAAGCGUAGGGUAUUGCGUAGUAAACGCGAUAGAGAAAGUGGUUAUUAUUCAUCACCUGAACGUGUCCCUACAAUACCCGAAUCUUUAUUAGUUAACACUUCCACCGCAUCAUCAUCUGACACAACCAUCCACCAUGUUCCUCAUAUUAAAAGUUCGUUAACUCCACAAAGCAGAAGUAACGCAAUUCACUUCCCGUUGUCGCCAGCCACACAAACGUCGCAUCGAACUCCAACUAAUUCAACUCCCAGUAAAGAUUUUUACUUGAUCCCGGUGGCUCCAGCUGCCAGUGCCACAGAACGACUAACAAGCAUCAGCAGCGAUGAUGGGAGCAGUAUAGGAAGUUUAACCCGCCCAACAAGCACCUAUAGUGACUCCAGCAUCUUAUCGUCCGAUUCCUUCGAUCUUUGCACAUUCGAUGGCACCAUUGUUCCACAGGAGGAAGUGAAUGGUUACCCCUCUCCAACCCACCCGCAUGCUGGCAAUGAGGUCGCACAUAAACAUAAUGCCAAGUUUUACGCUACGAAUUCAUCGCCAACGUACCAACCACAACGACCAGUAAGCUUAUCUUUAGUACGAGACACUCUGCCACCGCUCGAAAGUGAAACGUUCACAUCUGAGCAACCGACCGGUUCACUAACUCCUAACAGCGAGAAAUUAGUGCGUGACUUGCAGCGUAUUCUCGGUCGACGAAGCGGUCCUCGCAACCGAAGUCGCCACGCUGCUUCGCCACAACCACGAAGACCUCACUCUGUAGAUGACGCUGGUUCUUCACAGCUGGCAGACAUGAUGAGCCAGUUAAACAUGGAUCUUGACAUUGCAUAUAAGAAAGCGCUUGACAUCUGCGCUAAUCUAAAGGCAGCCGAGGCUUAAUGUAGAUAAUACUGCGAAGUUGUUUUUCUUCAGAUUUCUAUGCUGUUACUUGUGCGUUACAUUGAAAUUCAGUGACUGACAUUGUGUUGUUCUCUCCCGAUUAAAAUUAUCUGCAACGACGUUGAUAAUUUUACUUCUGUUGUAAAAUUAUUAAAAUUCUGUACCCGCGUCAUUACUUUAACGUGCCCAAAAACCUUCCGUAUAUUAAUGAACAUUAGCAAUAUAUACAAAGCAAAGAAGCCUUUGAUGAAACAUACAAAUUUUACUGUGAUGACGUCAAUUAUGUCUACGUCACUGUGCUACGAUAAAAAUCAAAUCUUGAUGUAUCGUGUUAUAUUGGUACAUCAGUAAGCCAAUUGAAUUGUUAUCCCAUAUUUAGCAGCUACCAUCAAUAUCAUUGUCCACAUCUACCCACUCAGUGCUCAAACAUUUCUAUGCAGAUGUUCAUGGGCUGUUUUUAAAACGGUCUUUGUUCUUUUCUGUUCAUAAUAAUCGCCAACCACUGAUUCGUGCAACAACAUGUGUAACUUAAGUGUUAUAUCUCAAAUUAUUGAUAUUUCUAGAAGUUUCUUUCCUAUCUCGAAUCGUUAAAAUCAUCUCGUAACCGCAUCUUUGUUUUUCUAAUCGCGGAUCGCCUCCAAAUUCACCGUCAACGAAAUCUCAACGCUGGCUGCCAAAACCUGCGCUUAAUGCGCCAGGAUGACCCCAUUUUUCUUGCUUACCUUGCUCGUCGACACUGUUUCUUUGAGGCAACCCCCCUGUGUUACUAUCACGCUUGUUCUGUUCUAUAUUUAUUUACUUCUUCGUUCUUCCUGAUGUUCGUCAGAUUCGCCUCCUGAGUGCUUAGCCAAAGUAACACUAUCUAUUGCCGCUACAUGGAGCUGUCCGCUUGCACCAAUUGAACUCUGUUUGGUCAUGGAAUGAACAAUACCAAUAUAUAGCGCA